AUGUCGUCGCUGUCUAUCAAUUCUACGGAUUGCCGGUUGGUCAUAAAGGCCGUAGUAAGAAGCUGUGCACCACGUAGUUUGCAGUUGAUCAACAUAGGUCAUAAUGGCUGCGAUGGUCGAUACAUAGUUGUGAACCGCAUGGACCAUAGUUGGUCACAUAAAGCUGCAGUGGUGAGCUAUGAGGAUGUUUGUUGGCCGAGGGGGCCGAAGUCGAAAGCUGCACGAGUCGUGAACCAUGCAGAUCCAGAAAAAAAACGGAAAAACCUCGAAGAUUGCCGCAUUGGAAGUAUUUUUCUGUUAUUUAUCUCUCUUCGUUGGAAGGCCCUACGAUUCUCCGGCGAUCGCCGGAGAUCUGUUCGCCUCUCGAUCCAGUGUUCUCUCCUGUGUCCAAUUAACGUUGUUUUGAAGCUAACAUCCCGCAAGGAAACCCUCGCUCUUCUCUGUUUAUAUAGCAGUGGAGUACCGGACGCUUAUUGGUGCCCGCAUUCUCUCGCCUUGCUUCUGGUACAGAUAGUCAGAUACGUCAUCUGUCAACGUGGAAGGAUGAAUCUGCAAACAUGCUUGGCUCCGCCAAUCGUAUCUUGAUUUUCGAUUCUUCAUGCAUUUGCUGUUUUGGUUUCUUGUUGGACUUGCCAGUUAAUGUUUGCUAAUAGGUCUCUUUUUUUGUUUUUUUUUUGUUUUUUUUUUUUUUUUUGAGGGGCGUGAUUGAAGUUUGUAAUGGCUUGAGAAGAAUUAGUGUUUUUUUUUGUUUGUGAUUUUAUGUUUUUUGAUGUUUGAUGGGUUCUUUUGCAGUCUGAU